CUUGUGAGGCAGUUAUAUUGCCAGCUGCAGUGCUGAGCACCAGAAUCAGUUCAUUUCCUUUCAGCAUGGGCAACUGGGUGGUAAACGAGGGACUUUCUAUCUUAGUCAUUUUGGUAUGGCUUGGGAUCAAUAUAUUCCUCUUCGUGUAUUAUUAUAUAGUCUACCUAGAUGAACGGUUCUACUACACAAGGGUCCUGAUUGGGGAUGCAUUAUCCUGGGCCCGGGCUCCUGCAGCCUGUCUGAAUUUCAACUGUAUGCUCAUCCUUCUACCAGUCUGCAGAAAUCUACUGUCCUUCGUCAGAGGAUCUUGUAAAUGCUGCAGUCGGAACAUUAUGAGACAGCUGGACAGAAACAUCACCUUUCACAAACUGGUUGCUUACAUGAUAGCCUUUCACACUGCUAUACACAUUAUAGCUCAUUUGUUUAACUUUGAGAGGUUCAUGGACGCCCAGUUGGAAAAAAGUAAAACUAUUGCAUAUGUGCUUUCACAGAUUGGCAAUGGAGAUAAUAGGCUUUAUUUGAACCCUAUAAGAACAAAUGAUACAAAUCCAACAUUUGUGGCUUUCACAACCGUGGCUGGACUAAGUGGAGUUGCCAGUACUUUAGCUUUAAUCUUAAUUAUUACGUCAUCCAUGGAGGUCAUCCGGAGGUCUUACUUUGAGGUCUUCUGGUUUACCCAUCAUCUCUUUGUCAUCUUUUUCAUUGGGCUGGUCAUUCAUGGAAUCGGGGAAAUAGUACGUGGCCAAACUGCAAGCAGCGUUCUUCUAAACAAACCAAGCGACUGUGAAUCUCAAUAUGAAAACUGGGGGAACAUCCCUGAAUGUCCCAUACCUGAGUUCACAGGAAACCCUCCAAUGACAUGGAAGUGGGUGAUUGGCCCCAUGGUUUUGUACAUGUUUGAAAGGUUGGUGAGAUUCUGGCGCUCAAAACAAAAAGUCGUCAUCACAAAGGUGGUUAUUCAUCCUUCCAAAACACUUGAGCUGCAGAUGAAGAAGAAGGGGUUCAAGAUGGAGGUUGGCCAGUAUGUUAACCUUCAGUGCCCCUCUGUCUCCCAGCUGGAGUGGCACCCCUUCACCCUGACGUCUGCCCCGGAAGAAGAUCACUUCAGUGUUCACAUCCGAAUAGUUGGCGACUGGACACAGCAGCUGUUUGAGGCUUGUGGGGGUGAAAAAAAGGAGUUCCAAGAAGCAUGGAAGCUGCCAAAAAUGGCUGUUGAUGGACCCUUUGGUACGGCCAGUGAGGAUGUGUUUCGAUAUGAAGUGGUCAUGCUUGUGGGGGCUGGAAUUGGAGUCACUCCAUUUGCUUCUGUCCUCAAGUCGGUCUGGUACAGAUACUUCAACAACGACACCGGUUUAAUACCUAAAAAGAUCUACUUUUACUGGCUGUGCAGAGAGACCAACGCGUUUGAGUGGUUUGCUGAUCUAUUGCAGUCCCUGGAGACUCAGAUGCUGGAGAAGGGCAACGCAGACUUCCUAAGCUACAGAAUCUAUCUGACUGGCUGGGAUGAGGCUCAGGCCGCCCAUUUUACUGUCCAUCACGAAGAGGAGAAUGAUCCAAUAACAGGACUCAAGCAGAAAACACUUUACGGCCGACCCAACUGGGAGAACGAAUUCAAAACCAUUGCAGGCAACCAUCCAGGUGCCAGGAUUGGAGUGUUUUUAUGUGGCCCUGAGGUUCUUGCGAAAUCCCUGAGCAAGCACAGCAUCAACUACUCGGACGCUGACCCGCGAGGAGUGCACUUCAUCUUCAACAAGGAGAACUUCUAACCACUGCCUGAUCGAGGAGGGGGAGUGGGAGAGUAGGGCCUGUACUUGCUUAGGCUCUUAAAUAUUCAAGCUGCUCAGCUGUGAGCUGCUGCCUACAGCAAACAUGCUGGCACUGAGCAAAAUGGUGCUUUGCUUGUUUAAUCUGUUUCAUUGCAAAUGGAAUGUUAAUUAUCUGUGAAAGUGUGCAAACUGGUUUGAAGGAUGUUUAGUUAAUCUAAGUUUUUAUUUCAUUUCUAAAACUUUAAACUUGUGCUUUUAUCAGAAGGGUUACUGUUGGGAUGAAAAGCUAUCACUGUAGCCCUGCUAUUUGUAUAUGCCCUGCAUUGGUAAGCUUGACAUAAAAGGCCAUAUGUCAUUUUUAUUUUAUUUUGUAUUGUUUUUAAAUGUGUGUAGCUAUAGAGGGGCCGGAGGUUGAUUUGUAUAAACGUACCUAAAAAAUUAACCUGGAAAACAUGGAACAUUUGUUGUUUAAGUUGAAAUAGAGUACACUUUAAAUCCACUUUCUAAAUCUUUAAAAUGAGGUUUUGUAGAGCUCAUAUUCACCUAUCUACUAUUAAAGACAUAGACUCCCAUUUUUCACCGUACUGUAAUAAGACAUGACUGCUUUAUUUUAUAAGGUGGGGGAGAUCCUGCAAUCAUAAUUUCAGCAUUUACACCUGUUUCAUAUUGUAAUUAGACUAAAAACCUCUACACUGGUUGUACAUUCCACCAGUUUUUAAUUUGUAUUUUAAUAUUUGCUGCUUUGCUACGUCUAAAAAAGCCUGUUGAAAUCUGGUAUUACAGGCUUGAAAACAGUUUUAAGCAGCCAUUAUCCUCACCUUUUUGUCAUAUUUCAAAUUUAGAAUUUAGUCAUGGCAGGGAUAUGUACACUCAGGAGUCACAUUCAGGAGUUACAAUAUAUAUCGAUGUUAUGAGCAUCAACAAUUUACUCAAAGC